AUGGAUGAAAAGUUAAAUACCAAACGAAAUGGAGCUCCAAAUGAAUUGCCAACUGUGAUUCCGGUUUUCUAUUGUAUUGACCCUUUUAAUGUGCGCAAGCAAACUGGGAGCUUUGGAGCUGCAUUUGAUGACCAUGAACGUAAUUUCAAGAACAAAGUGGAAAGCUGGAGACUCGCUUUGACAGAAGCUGGGAAUCUAUCUGGUUGGGAUUCAUCAAAAAUUAGACCUGAUUCCGUGCUUGUUGAAACAAUUUCCGAAGAGACUUUGAAGAAACUGAAUGUUGCAUCAUCUCGAAUUUCAAAUGGGUCUAUUGGACUGGAUUCAAGAAUCAAGAAAGUUAUGUCUUCGUUAUGUAUUGACAAGAUGCCAGAUUUUCAUAUGGUGGGAAUUUGGGGUAUGGGAGGGAUUGGUAAGACUACCAUUGUUGAUGCCAUUUACAAUCAAAUUUCAAGUCAUUUUGAAGGUGCUUGUUUCCUUCAUAAUGUUAGGGAAACAGCAGUUAAGGGUGAUCUACUUCAUUUAAGGCAAAAGCUCUUUUCUAAGCUAUUGAAUGAGCAAGUUUCUGAUGAAGGGGCUCUUACUAUAGGAUCUUCUUCUUUUAUUAGUCAUAGGCUCCAAAAUAAAAGAGUACUUGUUGUUUUAGACGAUGUGAAUGAUCCAGAACAAGUGAACAUCUUGUUUGGAGGGAUUGAUCCUCUUGGUGGAUCAGGAAGUCGAGUAAUUAUAACAACUAGAGACAGACAGGUCCUUAAUUCUCUUGACAUUGAAGCGGUUUAUAAGGUGCAGAAAUUAGCUCAUGAUGAAGCUUUUAAGCUUUUUUGUCAGCAUGCCUUUAAGGAUCAGCCUUCAGAAGAUUUUGUUGACUUGUCCAAUAAGGUUGUUCGUUAUGCCAAAGGCGUUCCUUUAGCUUUGAAAGUCUUGGGUUUGUCAUUACGUGGCCGGAACAGGAAAUACUGGGUAGAUGCACUGAAAAAGCUCAGAAAUGUUCCGGAUUCAAGAAUUCUGAAUGUCUUGAAAAUCAGUUAUGAUGGACUGGAUCCUGAAACGAGGGAAAUAUUUCUUGACACUGCAUUUUUUCUCACUGGGGAUAGCAGGGAUGUUGUAACAAGAGUGCUAGAUGAUGGUGAUAAAUAUUCUUGUAUAGAUUCUUUGAUAACUGAUCUUGUUGACAGGUCUCUCAUUACCAUUUCAAAGUCUGGGAAGAUAAAGAUGCAUGAUUCAUUGAAAGAAAUGGCAUGGUAUAUUGCUCGACAUGAAUCUAAGAAUCCGAAGAAAAGAAAGAGACUAUGCUGUGUAGAGGAUGUCUGUAACCUCUUGAGAGGAAACGAAGUAAGAACAAGAGGAAGUGAAAUGAUUAGAGGUAUAUCCAUUGAUUUGUCAGGAAUGAAUAAGUUGAGCAUAAAUCCUAACGCAUUUGUGAAUAUGCCUAAUCUAAAAUUUCUGAAAAUCAAUGGACAUGCAUCGGAAUUACCCUGUGACCUUCAGUUCCUUCCUAAUGAGCUAAGGUAUCUUUCGUGGACUGGAUACUCACUGAAGUCCUUGCCAUCCGCAUUUUGUACUGAGAGACUCGUUAAACUUAGGAUACGUAAGAGCAAUGUUGAGCAGCUAUGGAGUGGAACCUGGAACCUUGUCAGCUUAAAAGAGCUAGAUCUUGCUUAUUGUAAGAACUUGAAAGAAAUUCCAGAUCUUUCCCACGCUAUAAAUCUCGAAAGCAUUAAUUUCUUCAAAUGUGAAAGCUUGGCCGAGAUUCCAUCAUCCAUUGAACAUCUCAACAAGCUUAAAUCUUUGGGUUUGUGUGGUUGCAAGAAUCUCAGAAAACUUCCAGUCAACAUUUGUAAGUUGAAUUCACUUGAGCAGCUUUUUCUAGAUGGCUGCUCAGAACUCGAAACAUUUCCAGAUAUCUUAGAGACCAUGGAAAGCUUAGAGGUACUCAAUUUAAGCAAUGCAGCUACAAAAGGGCUGCCUACCUCAAUUAAACUUCUAGUAAGGCUUAAACGUUUGGGAUGGACCAAAUUUGGAAAUCAAAUUCCAGAUCCCAUGGCUCUCUCAGUUUCUUUAUCAGCAGAUUUACGUGUAGUCGAAAUUCCUCAAGGCAUUGGUUGUUUAUGCUUAUUAGAGUACUUGGAUCUAAGUGGGCAUGAUUUUGAGAGCAUACCUGCAAGCAUCGAGCAACUGUGUAGGCUAAAAGAGCUUAAAUUGAACUAUUGUUUGAGACUUCAAUCAUUACCUGAGCUUCCGGCGAACCUAGAAAGGUUAGAUGCACAUCAAUGCAGUUCAUUGAAAUUAUUAUAUAACAGACCAUUCUUCAAAGCUAGACUCUCUGGGCAAUAUAUAUUCACUGAUUGCUUCAAAUUGAACACACAACUGAUAAUUCCACAACUGGCUCUAGAAUAUAACCAAAUAUUUCAGCAACAAGAAAAGCAGGAUGUUGAAGGGAAAUUCUUAGUUUCUUUACCUGGGUCUGAAGUUCCAGAGUGGUUCCACCAUCGAAGUAGAGCAUCUACGGUCAUAAUUGAUCCGAUUGGUAGCAAUUUCUUCAGCCUUGUUCUUUGCUUUGUCAUUGCAUCUGAUUGCAAGAGCGAUGAACUUUUUGAUGAGUUUGAAAUAGUUUAUUCAAAAACCAAACCUCUUCUUUCUUGUUGGCAAUACAAAUCUUAUGCAGAGCAUAUGAUCCUACUAUAUCUUAGAGAAACAAAUUAUUCUAUAUGGGAAAAACUCAGUGUUGAGGAGCUGAUCAUUGAAUUCGGCAUACGCCCUAUCUUUCAGAGCAGAAUAAAUGUGAAGAGCUGUGGGGUUCAUGUGCGGGAAGGAAAUCCCAAGAUAACUUUCAAGGAACAAGUACCAGAUGCCAAGAGAUUGAAAAGAACAAUCCACUGAAGAUGCCAUAAAAUAGGCAAUACUGAGAGUUCUUGUCCAGAUGAUGUAAUGAGAAUUUAUGAGUUUGUUCUCUGUUAUGAAAAUUCAGAUUUUCCCUCAAGUACAUCAAACAAAAUGAAAUUUUGAUCAGAGUAAAGGGUUUUCUUUGACAACCCACAAAGCAUUUGAUGUUGUAAGAAUAAAAGUAAAGAGACUGAAGAAAAACAGAAAAAAUUUCAGCCAAGCUAUGGCCAAAGUAUGGCUUCGUAGUUCAUGGAUUAAUGUCCUCACUAACCGGGUUGUAUUCUGAAAUCCAUUAUUUUCCUUUAUUGACCUUUCAUUCAAUCUCUUGUCUCCUCAUCUUCCUUGGAUAGCUUCUCCGUCAUCACUUCAGUCUCUGUCAUUUUUCCUUUCUCCACUCAGCUAUCCACCUCCACAGUCACAUAAACCUUCAGGUAGUUUUGAUCUGAUAGGUACUUUGCCCACCAUGGCUGAUCUUCAUUUCAGCUGAUUGCUUUAUGUGGAGAGUGAGCUUUCAAUAUGAAUUUUAACAUAAUCAUGCAAAAUCAUAAAUUGUAAAAGAAAAAUGGGUUUCCAUAAGCCAGGGCCUAAUAUUUUGAAGCUACAGGUUCAAAAAUCAAGAAUCCUUCUCUUUAUUGAGCUGCAGAAGCAGCUGACCAU